UCGUGUAAACAGUUCACAAAUAAGCUUUACCUUGUUAGCAUCUAUCGUCUACCGCAGUAUAUAUAAAGGCCGCAUUUGCCGGUGAAUUGUUAAUUGUUUAUUUUCCUUAAAUGAUCAACUGUAUACGAUCAACUUCAUUAAAAACCCCCCUUUUUAUACUAAGAACUUCAACAGUAGCCAUGUCUUCAAAACCAUUAACCCUUGAAACCCUGGAUAAAUUAAGGAGUAACUACUACACAAAUCCUAUAAAUGAAUUAGCUCAAAAUGCUUGCACUCGUUUUGAUCCUUUCGAAGUUGCUAUCAGCAAACGAAGGACUGAUAGAUCCCUACAUGUUUAUAAUAUUAAGGUUGAGUCAGAAGGCAAGCCUGUAACAAAUCAAGAGAAUACAGGUAGAUGUUGGCUGUUUGCAGCCCUCAAUGUGAUGAGGUUACCAUUUAUGAAAAAAUAUGGCAUUGAAGAGUUUGAAUUUUCACAAAGUUACCUCUUCUUCUGGGACAAAAUUGAACGAUCCCACUUCUGGCUAAACAAUAUAGUGGAAACCGCCAAACAAGGAGAGAAGCUAGACCGUCGAUUAGUCAGCUUCUUACUUAAGGAUCCAAUAAACGAUGGUGGCCAGUGGGACUUGAUAGUGAACUUAAUCAACAAGCACGGUUUGAUGCCGAAGAAAUGCUUCCCCGAGACCUUCAGCUCACGCCGGAGUCUACACAUGAACGCACUAAUUAAGACCAAGUUGCGUGAAUACGCCAAAGAGCUGAGAUGUCUAGUGGCAGCGAAGGCCUCAGAUGAGGAGAUACAAAAAGCCAUUGACAAUCAGAUAGCUGUCAUCUACAACAUCGUCGCCACCUGUCUUGGUACACCACCAGACAAGUUCACAUACGAGUUCUACAAUAAGGAAAAAGCUUACAACACCUUCGGCCCCCUCAGCCCGCAGGAGUUCUAUAACAAGCACGUACGGCCGGUGUACAACGUCGACGAUAAGGUGUGCCUAGUGAGCGAUCCCCGAGAAUCGAACCCGUUCGGUCAGCUUUACACCCUUCAGUGUUUAGGCAACGUGGUCGGAGGCAGGCAGACUGCAUACAACAACCAGCCCAUCGAAACUCUUAUCAAAGCGGUUAAAGACUGUAUCCAGGGCGGGGAAGCAGUUUGGUUCGGCUGCGAGGUGUCCAAACGGUUCGAGAGGAAGAACGGCCUCGAGGACUUAGAUGCGCAAGAUUACCGGCUGGUGUUCAACACGGAGGUUCAGAUCGGACUCGACAAAGCCGAGAGACUUCUGUACGGUGACUCUUGCAUGACACACGCGAUGGCCUUCACGGCUGUUGGCACAGACGAACAAGGCAACCCCACGAAGUUCCGCGUGGAGAACUCGUACGGUGACAAAGAAUACGACAAGGGAUAUCUGCUGCUCACGGUGCCGUGGUUUAAGGAGUUUGUCUUUGAGGUUGUCGUAGAUAAAAAAUAUGUACCGGAGGAAGUGCUCGAUGUGUUCAAACAGAAGCCGACAGUUCUCCCCGCCUGGGACCCCAUGGGAACGCUCGCCUGUCCACUUUGUUCAAACGAAUAACAGUAACAAUGUGUUACGUUAUAUUUCAUAAUAAAACUCAAUUCGUUGCAUAGAUUAGGGUGACAAUAAUUAAGUCGAUUCGUUGAAUAGUUUUGUAUUUGAGGUUAUAACCAUGGAUUGAUAUUUACAAAGCGUCAUGACUCACAACCCUUUUAUUAACUGUACACUAUUCCAAUCGAAAAAGGCGUAAAAAUAAACAAACCUCUAUGG